AGCACCUAUGUCCUGCCACACGCGUGCGCCGGCUGCGAGACGCCUGCAGGAGGAAAGAUGGCCGCCUGCGCGUUACGCCGAGGUCUACUGAGUACUGUCAGCAAAUACAACAAGAAGCACACACAGAGAGUACUGAGUGUCCUGGACAGCGGCGGUGGCGGCGGCGGCUUUGAGGCGUUCAGGCCGCGGCUGCAGUGCCUGGCCUGCGGGCUCUCCGGCAGCGUCCAGCAGGCGAGGCUCAUGUCGUCACGGAACAGGCCUGAAGGGAAGGUUUUGGAGACGGUGGGAGUGUUUGAGGCUGUGAAGCAACAUGGCAAAUAUGAAACAGGACAGCUGUUCCUCCACAGUGUGUUUGGCUACAGAGGCAUCGUCUUGUUUCCCUGGCACGCCCGGCUGUACGACAGAGACAUCACCCCUCCCAUGUCUGACAGCAAACCGGAGCCCCCAGGAGCCCACGGCUCCAAGGAGGUGAAGGGGAAGACCCAUACCUACUACCAAGUCCUGAUCGACACCAGAGACUGCCCUCACAUAUCCCAGAGGUCCCAAACAGAAGCAGUGACGUUUCUGGCCAACCAUGAUGACAGCAGAGCCUUGUACGCCAUCCCAGGUCUAGACUAUGUGAGCCAUGAAGACAUCCUGCCCUACAACUCCACAGAGCAGGUUCCCAUCCAGCAUGAGCUGUUUGAGCGCUUCCUCAUGUUCAACCCUGCCAAAUCUCCUCCAUUCACGGCCAGAGACACCCUGAAGGCAUGGCAGGAGAAGAACCACCCCUGGCUGGAGCUGUCGGACGUCCACAGGGAGACCACUGAGAACAUCCGAGUUACUGUCAUCCCCUUCUACAUGGGCAUGAGGGAGGCCCAGAACUCUCAUGUUUACUGGUGGCGGUACUGUAUUCGUCUGGAGAACAUGGGCAACGAGGUUGUUCAGCUGAGAGAGAGACACUGGAGGAUCUUCAGCCUCUCAGGAACCCUGGAGACGGUCCGAGGACGAGGUGUCGUAGGCAGAGAGCCGGUGUUGUCUAAAGAGCAGCCAGCCUUCCAGUACAGCAGCCAUGUGUCCCUACAGGCCCCCAGUGGGCACAUGUGGGGGACGUUUCGCAUCGAGAGGACCGACGGUUCCCACUUUGACGUUCGCAUUCCUCCUUUCUCCCUGGAGAGCAACAAAGAUGACAAAGCGCCCCCUGCAGGCUACACCUUAUAACUGCAAUUAGUCACCUCCCACCUAUGAAGCCCUGGACACGCUGUCACUCUUGGCCUCGGCUGGUUUGUCUAGACUUGUCCUUCCCCCGUGUCAUUGCCUCAGCCUCCACCAUAAGAAUAGAGCGAGUCAAGUUAAGGAACGGGAAGAUUUAACUUUUCUAGAUAAUCCAAUGUUGGCCCACUUAAGCCUUUUCCCUGUCAGAGUGCACCUAUCUGUUAUCUGUCAUCAAUGACGUAGUAUAGAAUAGACAAAACGCUCAGCAUUUCUGUGCGUCUUUAUUCCAUGUUGCAUUUCAAGAGCUGUGUGCAGUCCAGUGGUCGAGGUUUGGGAGAUAGGGAGGUGAUUUCAUGUUGCUAAACUGAGCUGGAUUUGCCUCAAGCAGGUUGAGCAGAGGUGAGGACAAGGUGGGUUCAUACUGGGUGUGUGCACACCAAGCUGUGGGUGUCCAGCAGCAACACAGAACAGCAAGUCCAGCUCGGCUUUGCAUUGUGGCUUCAGUAGGAUACUUCAAGUCAAUACGCCAAGCCAUCUUUUAACCUACAGAGAAAAAAACGCUUCCUUUUUAUUAAUCUCACUGAGAUUUCCGAGAAAGUAUAACUCUGGCUGUUUAUGACAUGGACCCCAUUUUCCAUCAUAGGGAUUGAUUUUGACCUAAAUCUCAUUAAUUUCUGCACUGUAUAUAGAGCUGCUGAUGUGUUGCCCCAAAAGCAGCCCUGCUUUUCUUUCAAUACACUUACUGCGCACGUUUCAAUGAACCAUCCUGGGGAUUAAUUGAAAAUGAUCAAUUCCUACCUUUUGCGUGCCAUUUUGAUGCAACCUUGUUCUCUUUUUGUUGACUGGCUGCAUCUCCCUGUCAAUAUGCUCCAGUUUAGAAAGUAAAGAAUGAAAAUUGUCAGGUCAUAGAUAAAUUAAAAGCAAAUGUAUGAAGACAAGAUGUUAGUUGCUUUAUUAUGAAGCAGUUGAUGAGAUUGUGGUUCAUCUCUAGUGGUGGAAUAGUGGGAAAAAAAUAGGGUCAAAGAGGUCAUAUGAAAAUGGCCAGAGUAAUGCUUUAGUUUAGUGCUUUGAAAUAAGUUUCACUGGUUUGAGUCAACUUAAAUACUGCCAUGUAGGGGUGGGAAUCACAGGGUAACUGGUGAUACAAUACUGUCGCAAUAUUUUACCCACAGUAACAGUGGAAUCACAAUACAGGCGAUUCUGUGAUAUGCAGUAAUAUUGUAAGAUAAACAGCUGUGAUACAUCACCAUUUCUGUAACUGAAGAACAAAAAAAUACCCCGAAAAAAGGCAAAAAAAAAAAAAUAAAAAAAAAUUCAAAUAAGCAGGAAUGACCAGUGUUUUUCAGUGUUAUGAUCUGCACACAGACUGCAACAUGAACAUGACAGAGCAGCUCCAGUUCAAACAACUAAAGGCAGGGAACAAGAUGUGACUCAAAUGUGCAUCUGUGCAAACAAAGUUGCAGACUAAAAUAUCCAUACUGGGCACAAGUGUAUCGAUAAUGUAUCAGAAGAGGAAGUAUCGUGAUGAAUUGCAUUAUCGAUUUACCCCUACUGCCUCGUCAACACAGUAUACAAAGGUCAAACCUCUGAGAUGGCUAUGAGAGGGAAAAGCAUAAUGAAUUCUGGGGAGGCUUAUAUGGGAAAAGCUGAAAGUGAAUCAGAACGACCUUGGUGGAAAGAACAAGAUGGUUUGUUCUGUUCUUUAGGUAAAGAAUCAGACACACCUUAAAGUAAAUAAACCAACCAGUUGACAGCUGGCAUUGUGGCUAACAAGACAGGUGUGUUUGGAGUGUGUACCUUCAUCUCUGCAGUCAGUGUUACCCAUGAAAACCCAAAUUAAGCCCUCAUCUUGGACAUGUUGGAUGUGUAUCCAUACAGCUGACAGUUCUGCUGCCCCACAUAAUCUCUGAAGGGAGAGAAGAUUUUAAUUUGUCGUCUUGAGCCCACGAUCUCUCGUGAAUUGAGGAAAGAAAGUAACCUUUUUUUUGUUUUGAUAAGUGAUUUGAAGCAACUGUGAUGGUUGAUAUUCUACUGUAAAUAGUGAUGUAAUUAAAGGCAAAACAAAUAAAUACCUUUUGAAAAAUA